AUGGCACAACCUUCACAAUCUCAGCAAGGAAACGACAAUCUGAUCAAUAAUAUCCGGGAAUGGCAAUCCCAGCAACAGAACCUUCAAUCUACAGAUUAUGUAGACAAGGUUCUCGAACAUAUUGAAAUCCCUCGCCUCUCUGCAGGUUUAUUGUCGCUUUUUAAAGAGGCUAUUCUUUUACUACGGGAGCAGGCUACCAUCCCAAACGAUGUUCGAAUUAGCCUCGAACGUAGCUGCAGCGCCUUGAUCCUGUGGUCAGAUGGCUAUGGAAUCGCUCAGGGUCAUCUCAAUGAUAUCUUUCAGAGAUCAAGCAAACUUCGCCACAAGGUCUUGAAGAGCCUUUCACGUCUCGGGCGUGUACUCACCGAACGAUUGAUACCCUUGGCAGAAAUCUCAACGGUGGAGCUGCAACAGUUGUGUUCGGGCGUGGAGUCUAGCAUCGAAAAAGCUUGUAGCAUUAUCAACGAAGAGUCAUGCAGACAGGGUGAUGAUUCUUCGAGCGAUGCCGGAUCUACCUUCUCAGAUGAUGACAUCUAUGAAGUUGCAGAGGACUUAAGAAUCGAUACAUGCGUUCUAUCCAGCCUCGACCCUCUCAUAAAGUAUCCCGUAUUUGAUCUUCAGAAAGAAGAUGUCUCUAAAGAUGACAUUCACUCCACUUGGAGUCCGCAGAAAUUUUAUAUUGACAAAAUCAUUAACGACUUCCCUCUUAUAGACCGUUCCCUUGCUUCACGUCUUGGAAACACUAAUUUUGAACGUUAUCUGAGAUGCCAGGCAAACAGAGACGCUAUAGAGAAUGAAGAAGGCGCGCUUUUGACUGCGCAGGAGGCGCCAGAACCUGCUGGCACAGUCAUCACGGGUUCUAAAUUUCAUGACUCUGGAGUUGGCACCUCCAUAGGGCCGACAAUCAUCCACCCGCAAACGAUAAUAAGUCAAAGCCGCAAAGACCAAUCCGUUCGUGUACCGCCACUGCCAAAAGGCGCCAAAGAUGGCAUGCCUUUCUCUUGCAUUGCGUGCAAUAGCAAUGUUGUCAUUACCAACAACUCCGGUUGGAAGCGUCAUAUUUAUCUUGACCUUCAACCAUACACGUGUCUGGAUGUAUCAUGUUCGCAUAGCAGCACGGCAUUUGAAAGCCGUGAGAAAUGGAUCUCUCAUCUGGCACUAGACCAUGGGAUGGAACCGAAUUGGCAUUCUCUUGAGUGUCCCCUUUGCAAGCACGUAACUGGUGGCGGAAGAUUGGCUGUUACUGGACACUUCUCCAAGCAUCUCGAAGAGAUUUCGCUUUCAGCGCUGCCAAUAGGAAUUUACUCAAAUGAGGAUUCUGAACACGGUUCUGAGGUGUCUGAUCAAGACGAUGACAGCGAAAACUCUCAACAGAAAUUGCAACUCAAAGAUAAAGGCAAGGGUAAAUUGACGGCCAUCAUUGAUAACGAUCCAAUAAAUGAGCAGAAUACUGGUUCCAAUACCCUUUAUGUCUACAAUUUUUCGAAAGAAGCAUCUGAGGAAGGACUCAAAGCUAUAUUCUCUAAGCAGCAAGGCUAUGAGAAGAUGUUAUUUAAGACUACGCAGGCUGGACCCAUAUGCUUUGUCGAAUUUCAUGACACAACUUCUGCUAUAAAGGCCCUUCUCAAUAUACAUGGGCAGACCUUGCCAUUGUAUGAAACUCUCAAGGGCGGCAUCCGCAUGAGCUUUGCCAGCAACUUCCAGGGGCAACUUAGCGAACUCGGAAUCGGAGAUGGCUGGUCAGACUCUGGGCCAAAGCCUUCGCCCUCUGAGGACUUGCCUCUUCCUCCAGGAUGGGCUAUCUUCAACCAAGAAAAAACUCACAGAAUUUACUAUUAUAACUCGGAGACCAAUGUAACCUAUUGGCAAAGGCCUCUUUUUAACUUCCCCUACAAACGCCCUCCCGACAUGCCGCCUAUCUACCAGGGGUGGAUUCCUCUUUAUGACCAUGGUCACCAGCAAUGGCUUUUUGUCAACCAAGAUACUGGGCGAGCUCAGUGGGAGGCCCCUCUCAUUACUCCCGCCUACAACCCUCCUCCUCAUAUGCCGCCUAUUCCUCCGGAAUGGACUCCCCUCUUCGACCACAGAUACCAGCGAUGGUACUACAGAAACCAAGAGACUGGACGAACUCAGUGGGAGGCUCCUGGUGUCAGUCAGGCUGCUUUCAAAGAAGCUGCUGAGAGAGCUGCUGUUGAGACGUCAGCGCAAGAAGCAAAAGAAGAGGCUGUUCUUGCAGCGGAGGGGCGACCCGCCGUUGCUUCCAAAAAGGAAGUAGAUUUAAUGGCAGGAUUAGUAACAAAGAAAGAAGACGAAAAUGAACUUCCGAAGGAGAAUCAGUAUGCGCUUCGAGUCAGUGUCGCAAAGACGGAAGAGGCACCAUCAGCAGAGGAGGAAGAAAGAGCAUCACGGGAAGAAGCACGAUUACUACGAGAGGAAAUACGAGCACUACGAGAAGAGGCACGAACACUACGGGAGGGGAUACGAGCAGCCCAAGAAGCAAAACAAACCACUCGAGAUGAGGAGCAGACUACCCAAGAAGCAAAGGAGCGGACUGCCAGUGAGGCAGAAAAGCAAGCCGAUACUCUUGCCCCUCAGAAACCAAGCUAG